AUGUCUUCAACAGAAGGCGAAGGGGAUGUACAGGUAACCACGACAGAGGGUAUCCUGAAAGCAGCUGGAAAUGACGAGCUGAAAUUCGGAUUGUUAAUUGGCUUGGUCAAAGUGAAGCAGGUGACAAAUAAAGAUGUUGUCAACACAGUUCUGCAUCUGCUGGUUGGAGAAGAGUUUGACAUUGAGAGUAACUUCAUCAUUAAGGAGCCACAGAAUAUCCUCCAUACACUCCGUCUCCUUACCAACUGUCCAAUCACACUGCAGGCAGAGAUAUGGAGUGUGUUCACAGCCAUGUUGAAGAAGAGCCGUCGAAAUCUCCAGGCCUGUACAGAAGUUGGGCUCAUAGAACAUGCCCUCAACCUCCUCAAGGACACGGAAGAUGUCAUAGCCGAUCUAAUGGUGGAGAUGCUGGGAGUAUUGGCCACAUACAGCAUCACUGUCAGGGAACUUAAAAUGCUCUUCAGUCUACUCAAGGCCACAGAUGGCAAAUGGCCCCAACAUUCGGUGAAGCUGUUGUCUGUUCUAAACCUGAUGCCUCGACGGGAUGGUCCUGAUGAGUUCUUCAGUUUCCCUGGUAAAAUAGGAUCACAUAUUAGUCUCCCACCAAUAAAGACCUGGCCGUAUCAGAAUGGCUGGACAUUCUCCUGCUGGUUACGACUCGACCCUGUCACCGGGGUUACGGUAGAGAGAGAGCGACCAUACCUGUACUGCUUCAGGACAAACAAAGGUGUUGGAUACUCGGCCAACUUCUUGGGUAAUUCCCUCGUACUGACUGCGAUGAAAGUCAAAGGAAAAGGCUUCCAGCACUGUGUCAAACAUGAGUUCCAGCCCCGAAAGUGGUACAUGGUGACUCUGGUAUAUGUUUACAAUCGCUGGAGUAAGUCAGAGCUGCGAUGUUAUGUUGACGGAAAGCUUGUUUCUCACACAGAGAUGUCUUGGCUUGUCAAUACAAGUGAUCCAUUUGACAAGUGUUUCCUUGGAGCGAGCUCAGAGGUUGAGGCUGACCAUAUGUUUUGUGGUCAGAUGUCCAGUGUUUACCUGUUUAGUGAGUCACUGUCGCCACAACAGAUAGGAGCUAUCUACCAAUUAGGACCUAACUACAAGGGCCAGUUUAGAUUUGAAAAUGAAAGUGGUUUGACUGGAAACAAUAUCAACAAAAAGCUGGUGUAUGAUGGAAAGUUAACAAACAGUAUAAUGUUUAUGUACAACCCAAUGGCCUGCGACAGUCAGCUUUGUCUGGAAUCGUCUCCCAAAGGAAAUCUCUCCUACUUUGUACAUGUACAACACGCCCUCAUGUCACAGGAGGUGAAGGCAGUAAUAACCCAGUCUAUACACAGCACUCUCCACUCCCUUGGUGGUGUACAGGUAUUUUUCCCACUAUUCGGACAGUUGGACUUCCCUGUAGACAAAGGUGACAAGUCAGAGGUGGACCACACCAUAUGUGCUAACCUGAUGAGUAUCUUACUAAACCUACUGGAAAGCUCUGUGACCAUACAACAACAGAUGUUACAGAACAAAGGAUUCCUGGUGAUUGGAUACCUCCUGGAGAAGGCAUCACGAAUGCAUGUGACACCAGCAGUCCUGGAGUCCUUCCUAGCCCUUACACAAUACCUUGUUGACCUGCCUACUGGCAGCAUGCUUCUCAAACACCUGUUUGAUCACAUACUAUUCAACCCUGCAUUAUGGAUACAUUCUUCUGUAGAGGUGCAGACCAAACUGUAUUGUUACCUAGCAACAGAUUUUAUUAGUAAUGCCCAGAUUUACAAUAACAUUCGUCGCGUCAGUGCAGUUCUACAGACAAUGCACACUCUGAAGUUCUACUACUGGGUCGUCAACCCUAAGGAUCGGAGUGGCAUCGCACCCAAGGGCACAGAUGGGCCGCGACCGACCUAUGAUGAGAUCAUUAAAUUACGCUCCUUCAUGCUACUGUACAUCAAACAGCUGUUGCUGAAAGGUCAGGGAGUACAGGAGGAUGAGUUACAAAGCAUUCUCAACUACCUGUCUACGCUUCACGAGGAUGACAAUCUGAUGGACGUACUCCAGCUGACGGUAUCACUGAUGGCAGAACACCCCGCCUCCAUGGUACCAUCCUUCGACAAGAAAAAUGGUAUAAGAACUGUUUUUAAGCUGCUGGCAUCAAACUCAGAACCACUGCAGAUUCAGGCUCUCAAACUUCUUGGCUUUUUCCUAAUGAGAGCAACACACAAGAGAAAAGCCGACUGUAUGGGCCCACAUAAUCUCUUCUCUCUGAUCGGAGAAAGACUGAUGCUGAAUGAGCAGAGUAUUACUCUACCAGUGUACAAUGUAUUGUUUGAGUUACUGACAGAGCGUUUGUCUGGAGACAGUGUGAUGGAAAAACAUGUGGAGCCUGAGUCCUAUUUCAGAAUAGAAAACUCUGCUGUGCUGAAGGUAGUGGCUACCAUGAUUCGCCAGUCUAAACCAACACCAGAGGUUGCUGAGGUCAAGAAAACAUUCUUGUCUGAUCUGACGAUUUUAUGUAACAACAACCGGGAGAAUAGGAGAACUGUCCUUCAGAUGUCUGUCUGGCAGGACUGGCUCUUCUCUCUCUCCUACAUCUAUUCACGGAAUGACGAGGAACGGAAGGUCACAGACAUGGUAAUGUCAUUGUUUCGGAUGCUGCUCCAUCAUGCUAUCAAAUAUGAGUACGGAGGCUGGAGAGUGUGGAUCGACACAUUAGCUAUCCUACACUCGAAGGUUGCUUAUGAGGAUUUUAAAAUUCAUAUGUCAAAGAUGUACCGUCAGUAUGAUCAACAGCGAGUGGACGAUGUUGAUCCACAAGAAAGACAGAAUUAUCCAAUCAGCACCAUCUCGGGCAUAUCUGACUCCGCCCUUCAGGAACAACAACAACCAAUUAAAAGCUCCGUCCAGAUCAAAGAAGUAGAAAAUGCGACAAAUGAGGGGACAAAACCAGAAGAAAAAUCUGAAACAAAACAAAAUGGUGACAGUAAAGGGGAUGGGGAUGGGAAGGCAGAAAAAGCUGAGGCUGAUGGGAAUGCAUCAACAGAUACAAAGGAUGAUGGGAAGGCAUCAACAGAUACAAAGGAUGAUGGGAAAACGUCAGAUGAAACCAAGACACCAGAAUCAACUGCUGCAGAAAAUGCAGCAACUGGUGCUAAAUCAGACGAGGUAACUGAUGCAAAAAAGAGUGAUGUCCCAAGGGAGACCACUACCACUGGGGUAAAGAGGAACCCUUCAAGAUCGCAGUCAUUCCGGGGCAGCAUGGAAUCCCAUGGCAAUAGACACGUGUUUAGCCCAGGUCCCCGGGCCCCACCCUUCAGGAUCCCCGAGUUCAGAUGGUCAGGACUCCACCAGAAACUCCUGUCAGAUCUUCUCUUCUCUGUGGAGACUGACCUUCAGGUCUGGAAAAGCCACAGUACAAAGACAGUAAUAGACUUUGUCAACUCAGGAGACAACCAUGUGUAUGUCGUCAACGUCACUCACAUGAUUUCUCAGCUUGCCGAUAACCUCAUUACAUCCUGUGGCGGGUUACUUCCCUUGUUAGCAGCUGCCACAUCUCCAAAUGGUGAGGUGGAGAUCUUGGAGCCCACCCAAGGCCUCAGUAUAGAACAGGCAGUAUCCAUCCUGCAGCGUAUCAUGAACAUGAUGGACGUCUUGGUAUUUGCCAGCUCUACAAAUUUUGCCGAGCUGGAACAAGAGAAGAAUAUGCCGUCUGGUGGAAUAUUGAGACAAUGCCUUCGCUUGGUGUGUACAUCAUCUGUGAGGAACUGUCUAGAGUGUCGCCACCGACACCGCCCUCAUUCUCCACCUGGCAGUCCAACAAGUUCUGGAAGUCGUAGUUCACGCAACAUGAAUGGUGUUGACCCAAUACAGUCACUGAUUAUGGCCUCACAUCCCACUGAGAGGAAUAUUGUUGAGAACUUGAAUGAGCAGACAUCACCAAUUAAGGACUAUGAGAAGCUUCUUCAGGAUAUGGACAUCAAUCGUCUGCGUGCAGUUGUUUACCGGGAUGUCGAGGAAACAAAACAGGCACAGUUCCUAGCCUUGGCUAUUGUCUACUUCACUUCAGUACUGAUGGUGUCAAAAUAUCGGGACAUUCUGGAACCACCAACCCCAGCAGCCACCCCAACUACUAACUCACAUCGUCAAUCCAUUAACUCACCCUCAGUGACAGCAUCAGAUAUACUUCAAAACUUACGACCACUGUUGAUGGAGAGAUCCUCCCAUAGCGAUCUUAAAUCUUUGUACCUGGAGCAGAAAAUUGUAAAAACCCCAACAGAAACUGGAAAAGGAGGCAUUACCAAACCUGCAGACCCCAGGCAGGGGUCCAAAAGUAUUGAGAUCAUUGCUGACGAGGGAGUUGGCAUACUUGCUCACAUGUCAGCAGCCCUUGUAGAGGACGACUGCCACGUGGUGCAGGCUGAUUUACAGCAAGCCAAUCAGAGCUCAGAGAAUGACUCGGCUUGUGAGGCUGAUCAGAAUGUAAAGACAAGCUCUCAGGAGGCCAAUCAGAAUGAGGAGACAAUAUCCGUGACAACUACACAAAGCAGCUUAGCCUCCCAGUCUGGCUCCUCGACAACCAACCAGAGCUCUGAGGAAAAUGCUUCCUCAGAGGCAAAUCAAAUGUCCGAGUUUGAAGGUCAGUUUGGGUCAGCAGACGGCACCACAUCCACUGACGGCACAGAACAGUCCAAAGAUGAGGAGCUGGAGAGUGGAGAGGAGGUGGGAACCAGUGAAGGAGACCUCACACAGGAAAUCACAGAGGAGGAAGACCCAGAUGAUGAGGAACCCCAUGUGGAGCCUCCACAGAAUAAUGUAGAUGAGGAGCCACGUGAACGAGUCAAAAUCAAGGCUGAUAUUCAUAUAACGGACUCUACAGAAGUUCCUAAGACAACUCAAAAUGAUGAGCCAGUUUCAGGGGACAAUAUGGCUUUAAGGAGAAGCAUUCAAAGCAGCUUACAAAUGACAUGGCUCGACGAUGAAGACUCCGAGUCUGUUGACCAGUCCAGUACUGACCUUAACAGAACUACUGACUCGGCUGAUGUUGGAGAGGAAGUUGAUGAGAAGGAAGAUGAGGAUGCUUCAGAAGACAAAGAGUCUACAGACAAAGUAGCAGAGGAAGCCGAAGAAGAGAGAGAAGACAAAGAAGAUGAUGAAAAGGAAGAACAAGAAAAAGAAAAAAGUGAAGAAGAUGCUGCUGAUGAACAGAAAGCAGAAGAUAAACCUGAGGAUGAGCAAGAAGAGAAAGAGGAAGCUGAUGGAGGAAGUGACCCAGAGAGCACACCCCAGGGGAGUGAGGCUACACAGGAGGACAUGGAAGAGGAGGAAGAAGGCAGGAAAGGAGAAAGGCCUGAAUCAGAGGGUCAGGAAGCUGAGGCAGUUCAGCAGAAGAGUCCUGAUCCUACAAAGGAAUCUCAGCCAGUUGCAGUAAGUCAGCGUGUGGAUGAUACUCAGAGCAAGCCAGACAAUUUGCCAAUUUCUGCCAUUACUGUAGAUGUCCACAGUAACCGUGAACAGAAGCCACAGCUUGAAAAGUUAGAUUUGGAUGCAGCUAAAAUGCCGAUGCCUGUAGAUAAUUUACCCUCACUUCCUGGGGAGGGAGGCUCAUUAACUGAACGGCUGGAACGGGCACUGGGGCCAGUUGCACCUCUACUUAGGGAGAUAUUCGUGGAUUUCGCACCAUUCUUGUCUAAAACACUGAUAGGAUCACAUGGACAAGAACUUCUUAUUGGAGGCCUGGUGACCUUGAAGCAGAGUACAUCUGUGGUAGAACUGGUGAUGUUACUGUGUUCCCAGGAGUGGCAGAACUCAUUACAGAAGCAUGCUGGUCUUGCAUUUAUAGAAUUAGUCAAUGAGGGAAGACUGUUAGCGCAUGCAACCAGAGACCACAUCGUACGUGUGGCAAAUGAGGCAGAAUUCAUUCUGAAUAGGAUGAGAGCUGAAGAUGUCCAGAAACAUGCGGAGUUUGAGUCUCUUGGAGCCCAGACUAUGUUGGACAGAAAGGAGGAAGAAAAACUCUGUGACCAUCUUAUAAAAUCUGCCAAGCGUAGAGAUCAUGUAGCCGCUGUGAAACUAAGGGAUAAAAUACUCAACAUACUAUCAAACAAACAUGGAGCUUGGGGUAACUCAUCAAAGAGGAAAACUGAGCAUUGGAAACUGGAUGUAUGGGAGGAUGAUUCCAGGAGGCGGCGAAGACUCGUUAAAAAUCCCAACGGUUCCUCUCACCCUGACGCCACUCUCAAGGCUGCAAUAGAGCACGGAGCAACAGAGGAUGCUAUUAACCAGGCUCGGGAGGCAUUCCACGCCCACCUAGCUUCUACCAAACGGUCACAACAGACACCAGACUACACAGAUGAGGAGCUGCUCAUGGAAGAACGGGACUUUGAGCAAGAAUAUGCAGGCCCUGUAGCUUUGUCGACCACAUGUAAGCUGAUAGCUCCUGGGGUGACGGUCAACGGGACAAUGGCAAUCACCAAGACAGAACUCUACUUUGAGAUGGAUGAAGACAACGAGGAGAAUAAGAAAUUGGAUCCACAGGUUUUGUCGUAUGUGGAACACCUUCAUGGACGAUGGCAUUUCAAUGAAGUACGAGCAAUAUUUUCACGGCGAUAUUUGCUACAGAAUGUCUCUAUUGAAAUCUUCAUGGCAAACAGAACGGCAGUUAUGUUUGCUUUCCCUGACCAUGCUACAGUCAAGAAGGUUAUCAAUGCACUACCUCGUGUGGGAGUUGGGGUGAAAUAUGGACUCCCACAAGCUAGACGAAUGUCACUUGCAUCAGGAAAGCAGCUGUUCAAACUCUCAUGCAUGACACAGAAAUGGCAAAGAAGGGAAAUUUCAAACUUUGAUUACCUAAUGUACUUGAACACCAUAGCGGGGCGUACUUACAAUGAUUUGAACCAGUAUUCUGUGUUUCCUUGGGUGAUAGUAAAUUACGAGUCGGAGGAACUAGAUCUGAGUCAGCCUAACAACUUCAGGGAUUUGUCUAAGCCUGUUGGGGCACUGAAUCCCACAAGAAAGGAGUUUUUUGACGAGCGAUAUGAAACCUGGGAACAUGAUCAGAUUCCACCUUUCCACUACGGAACACACUUCUCUACGGCAGCCUUCACCCUCAACUGGCUCAUAAGAGUGGAGCCUUUCACGACAAUAUUUUUGAAUAUGCAAGGAGGCAAGUUCGAUCAUGCCAAUCGGACCUUUUUCUCAAUUGCGCAGGCUUGGAAGAAUUGCCAGCGUGAUACCUCUGAUGUCAAGGAGUUGGUGCCAGAACACUUUUUCCUCCCAGAGAUGUUAGUCAAUGAGAAUGAUUUCAACCUGGGCCAGCAGGAUGACGGUCUGGAAGUGAAGGACGUCAUCUUACCACCCUGGGCUAAGAGUCCUGAGGACUUCAUUAGGACCAAUAGAAUGGCUCUGGAAUCUGAGUUUGUGUCCUGUCAACUCCAUCAUUGGAUUGAUCUGAUAUUUGGAUACAAACAAAGGGGACCAGAAGCAGUGAGAUCCACUAACGUAUUCUAUUACCUGACAUACGAGGGUAGUGUAGACCUGGAAUCAAUGACCGACCCAGUUAUGAAAGAGGCAAUUGAGAACCAGAUUCGCAGUUUUGGUCAAACUCCCACUCAGCUACUGACGGAACCUCAUCCUCCCCGGAGCUCUGUGAUGCAUCUUGCUACUGAAAAAUACAAAAAAACCAGGAGUAUAAUACAUAAGACCCCGAUGAUGUUCUCAACUACGCAGGACGAUGUGUGCAUGAUCAUGAAGUUCCUGUCUAAUUCACCGGUAACCUAUGUGGCUGCCAAUACUCACCCUGCCGUCCCUGUGCCUGCUGUCACAACAAUCUCCUGCAGCCACAACUUCGCCAUCAAUAAGUGGAACCCAAGCUACCAACAACAAGGCACACCAACAAGCUUUUCUUCAGAGAAACCUGAAACUCAGGCAAACCUGCCUCUGUCUAUGGAUCAGCUACUAGCCCUCAACACUGGUCUACAGAGACGUACAUUAGGAGAUAACUUUGAUGAGAGGAUGAAGGCUCGGCACUCUUCCUUUACUACAUCUGCUGACAACCGCUUUAUUUUUGCCUGUGGAUUUUGGGACAAAAGCUUCCGUCUGUUUUCUACUGAAACAGCCAAAAUUUUACAAGUGGUACAUGGCCACUUUGAUGUAGUGACAUGUCUGACACGUUCUGAGUGUAACCUGAAUCAGGACUGCUACAUCAUCACUGGCUCCAAAGACUGUACUGUGAUGGUAUGGAUGUUCACUGCUCGAAACAUGGCCAUCAUUGGUGACAAUGGCAGUCUUGAGCACCCAACUCCCAAAGCCACUUUGACUGGCCAUGAGUCUGAGGUCACCUGUGUCGCCGUCCUUGCUGAACUUGGUCUAGUCAUGAGUGGAUCACAGAAUGGCCCUUGUCUGGUGCACACCCUGAGUGGCGAUUUACUGCGGUCUCUGGAGGCCCCUGAGGGCUGUCGGACACCUCAACUCAUUACAAUGUCUAGAGAGUCCUUUGUUCUUGUCAAGUUUGACGAGGGUCAUAUAUGCAACUUUAGCAUCAAUGGCCGCUUACUUCUAAAUGUCCGCCAUAAGGAUAACAUUCAGUCAAUGAUCUUGAGUCGUGAUGGUCAAUACAUGAUGCUGGGUGGUUCCAAUGGAGUGGUUGAAGUGUGGCGCUCACAUGACCUAACCCUGUUGUAUGCCUACCCACCUUGUGAUAGCGAGAUUAGGUCACUUGCUCUCACGCAUGAUCACAAGUUUUUGUUAGCUGGUUUAGGAACUGGAUGUCUUUUGGUAUUCAACAUUGAUUUCAAUAAGUGGCACCAUGAAUACCAGGAACGAUACUGAAGAUCUAGUGGACACUGUGAGGAUCAGAAAUAGUACUAAAUGGUCUUUCACAAACCUGUGUAUCAGCAUUGAUACUGAAGAGUAGUUUGUGUGCAUCAAAAGAAACAGUACUGUAGGUGUGAAGAUUGUUGUGGUCCAGGAACAGUACAGAACAGUUUGUGGACACGAGAAACGAGUGAUGUCAAGGACAAUUUUGGCACCAAGGGAUAAUGUGCUGGCACCCCUUUGGCAUGCAUGUGUGUUGUGUGUCUGGACACAAGACUGGUGUGUGUUAGGUGCAGUCCAGUGGUUGACAGGUUCACACCAUCAGUUGAUAUGAUUUAUCAACGUGAUGACAUUCUGUAGAACAUAUUGUGUGACAUAAUCAUCCCUGAACAGAACCAGUUGUAGAACUAGAAUCACUGAAAAUAAUACUUCUCUAAUAUGUACUGUCAAAUGCAUCAUAAGUUGUCUCCAUACAAAACCAGUCGUGGUAGAUCUAGAAUCUCUGGAGGGGAAAACUUAUGGAAAUAGAUAAGCAAAGCUGCUGUAGCUGUACUGUGUUGUAAGGCAGGCUGUCAAUUAAUUCAAUUGCUCAGUCACAAGCACAACCAUUAUAUUAUAGUGCCACAAGAGCUAGCUGUGUCACUUAUCACUAACAUAUAGUUAUUGCAUUCUAGAGCAACUUGUGAUGCAGUCAGUUUUAAAAUUGUUUUAUUAUCAGGGAGAGCUUUGCCAUUAUGUUGGCAAUAUUUACACCAUUUGUUGUCCUGCUCAGCACUAAAAUGUAAUAUUGUGCAGAAUUAUAUUGCAGCUCACUGUACUGGCAAAUUACUCUAAAUGACAAGUUGUGGCACUGCCGAUAUAGCUUAUUACUAUGGUACAGUAUCUCUAGUCAACUUAUUCCUGUGACAAAGUCUUAUCGCUGCAUAUUGCUGUGUAGAACCAAUAUAAGAUAUCAUGCACUCAAUCUGAUUCAUUGUUACAAGUAUAUUAUGUGUUGCAUUUUUCAAUACAUUCAAGGGAAGUUUUAAAAUAACUUAAUAUAUUUAUGUGAUGUUAUAAACUUUAACAAAUGUUGUUAUGAAAAGCAGCCAAAUAGUAAUUUGCUAGCAAAUUUAAAUAUAGUAAAUGACAUGAGGGGUUGUCCUCCUUCAACAAUUCUUGAGAUGCCUUUGAAUUGUGUUGGUAGAUCUACAACGAGGAUUCAGAUCUACUUGUGCAUGUAAGUCUUGAUGACCAUAGUUCUUUACUGACAAAAUUAUUUUGACUACCUGUGGAAUUAUUUUCAUCGCCUGUCACUAAAACUGAUUCUGACCUACCAGAAAUGCAUGCGAGUACUAAUGUUUCACAUAAUAAGUUUGAAUCACCCUGCAGUAAAGUGCUACUUUGGAUGAGAUAUAGAUGCGUUACCUGCUAGUAAUUAUACUAUGUGUCCACGGUAAAAUAAUUUGAGUAAUUUGAAGGUUUUAGACUCCUUGGUGAAUAUUGAGUUUAUGUGAGGUCUGUUAAUGGGUAUGUAGCACAUGACACUCCUGGUAGACAUUAAAAGUAGUUGCGUUACUUAUGUUCAGUAAAAUAUCUGCUAUCAUUCCAGAGUUACUGACUGGUAUCUCAUGUUUGUUUUACAAUGGUAUCCACAGUUUCAUUGUUACUUCGUGUGGGUUAUAUUUUAAGAUUUGUGAAAGGUUUUGAUUUUGUGCUGUUGUGUUAAUUCUCAAUCUAACCAUUAGGUAGUUUCAUUGAUGACUAUCAAACCAGUAGGUGUUUAAUCUUGGCUUUAGUCCUCUAAUUCAAACCAGACUGUUGUUUGUUCCUUUAAACCAAAUAUAUCAUACAACUGUGGUAUGGAUUAACUUACCUGUAGUGAAAUUUAUAAAAUAUUUCAUUGUAUUUAACGAUGGUUAUUAGUGAUAAGAUGAUGAAGUGCUAGUGAUAGGACUGGACCUUUUUUUUUAAAUACAUUUUGAUAUUUAAACUAAAUAAAGUUUUUCUUUAUGGAAAUAUGGAGCAGAAAAGACUGUGAGGAUGCUAGAUUUCUACUUUCUAUAAACUUUGAGAUUAAAUAGAUUUAGAUCUAGCAAGGAACUUUAGUGUAUUCAUAUUUUAAUACUUGUUUGUAGGGUAAUAUAUGAAUUUGAGAGUUAAUUGAAGUGAUAUUAUUCUUAAACUUUUGAGAUAACAUUCCUAUUUCUUUGUUGAAAUAUCUUCUUUUUAUAUACUUUUUAAAUCUGUUUAUCGUAUGCUACUUUAUAGGUUGUACAGAAACACUUUAAGUGAAAACUUCAUAAAAAGAAUGAUUUAUUUUGUUUGCUGCUCAGCUUUGUGAAUGGGAGAAGUAUGCUGUAAUGAUAAACAGUACAUUCCGUGAGGUAUUCUCUUUUAUAGAGUUAUUGUGCUUAAAGUGAAAUUCUCAUUUGAGCACGAAGGAUUGUGUCCAUCUGAUUGCACAGUACUGUUAUGAUGGUAUAUCUGGUACUUAAUUCAAUGUCUUGCUUCUUUUUAUUGUAGUAUGAUAGGGUCCACAUAAAUAAUUAAGAUUAAUAGUGUGUACAUUAUAGAUAUAUAUGUAUAUAUAUAUUGAUGUAAAUAAAUAAUCUUAAGAAAAUAUUCCCACCAUAGAAACAAUUCUUCCAUUAAAUGGAAGAUUUUUAAUGUUCUCUAAUUUUGAAAUUGCCUGAAAAAUUUAUGGGAUAAUUUGUGGGUGGGCAUUAAAUUCUGUAAGUAGAGCGAGGACGGCUACUAAACCAGAGGGAAGUCUUCAUAUUUUAUAGUCUCUCUUGAAUUGGGUUUAUUUAUUCAGAAAGCGAUUCUUGUAACCAUUCACAUGCAUGCUGAUAUUUGUUGUCAUGUUGUUAAUAGCUUAAGAGAUCAUCUGCUGUCUUUAUAAAGAUUUUCCUUUUUUAUUAAUGGAUACAUUCACACAGUAAAUCCAAAAUCUUGUUCCUGUUUGAACUUCCUAUCAAAGCGAGGGAGCAGAUCAAAAUUUAGGUGGGGGUGUCAGAAAGGGGAAAUUAUUUCUUAUUCAAUAAUUAGUUAUUCUUUUUUAACAGCUUCUAUUGUAUUAAGUCAAGAUCCUGAAAUUGGGUACUGUUCCAUUCUGAAACAGAGUUACGUAGGGGUAUAGAUAUAUUUAUAUGUAUAUGUUACUUGUGUGUGUAUGUGUGUAUGUUACCAGGUAUGUGUGUAUCCAUCGCUAAUCAGAUUUCUUUUUAAAGAGGCUAUUUAUACAUAUUACUUUGGAUGAUGCUAUAUCAAAUUCAUUAUUUCAUGAACAAAACAUAUCAAAAUUUUUUUUUUUCCUCCUCUAAUGAAUUUGUUAAUUGUGUUUGUGAUAUAGAAAGCUUUUCCUAAGUUUGAUGUAUUUAUAUGUGACACGUUGGUACUGACCAGUGUCCACACUGACCAGUUCAGACAUAUUUGGUAGCAAUAGCCACACUUAAUAAAAGUUUUGAGUCAGGUC